AUGAGUCUAGGCAUUUCAAAUUCCUUCAAAUCCUCCCUUCCACAUCCAUUGACUCGAGCUCCGGAUCUCAGACAACGUCAAGGAGCCAAAGGAAUUACUUGUGGAUAUUCCUAUGGAGAUAGCAACUCCCCUUUUACGGUGCCUACAGACUCCACAUGCACAACUGUGUAUCCUCGUGGAAUUUGGGGCUUAUGUACCUACAGCGAUCAAGUGCCUAUUUGUGAAAUGUAUGGUGCUUGUGUUGAUGAUGCAGCAUGUAGUAAUGGUUGCUAUGGCUAUAACUUCAAUACGCAAGACUUUACCACUACACUCUCUUGUAUGACAGACUACUGCCAAAGCUCUUUAUUGUCCGAUUCAUCAAGCGCCCGUCUUGGAGUCCAGACUUCAUAUAGUUGCGACACUACCUCGCAAGAGUCACCAGCGCUAUUCUUUGUAUCACCACUAGCUACUCCUUAUAACUUGAUAACUACAACAAGUUCAUCCGAAACAUCAGCUACCUCGUCGACAAAUUCACAAUCUCUCGGGUCGUCUUCAACUUUUGGUUCUGGACCAACUCCAGGUUCUUCUUUUACCUCAGCACCAGCUGCUUCCAGUUCAACACCAAUUACACCACAAGAAACCACUGUAUCAUCAAAUCAUCAAGCAAAUUCUUCAUCCAACCAUACAGGCGCCAUAAUAGGUGGAGUAAUAGGAGGAGUUGCCUUAAUAAUCUUCAUAGCCUUAGCAAUAUGGCUCCUCCGCCGACACAGAAAAACCCACAAACCAUCCACAGAUCCAAACACCUCAUCUCACAAACCGAACGGUCCAGGUGAUAAUAUACGUGAGUUAAUGGGACAAAAUGGACAUACACCUGAAAUCGGCGGGACUAUGGUGAUGGCUGAGGCGGAUAGUCCUAGUGUGGAUAGGGCGCCGGUUGAGAUGCAUAGUCCGAUGGUACGGAGAGAGCCGGUUGAGAUGGAGGCGUGA